CUGAUUGGCCGGUUUGAAAGCCGGCGCGGGCCGAGCGGCCGUCCGUCAACGCCGCCGCCAUUUUGUGGCGACGAGGAGGGAGCGCGGGAGGCGGCGAGUGGAGGUGAAGCUGAGCUAUGAUGCGUCGUGAUUCCUGUCCACUUGACUGCAAGGUCUACGUGGGUGACCUGGGAACCAAUGGAAACAAGACAGAGCUGGAGCGCUCAUUCAGCUACUAUGGACCCCUGAGGAAUGUGUGGGUUGCACGGAACCCCCCUGGCUUUGCAUUUAUAGAAUUUGAAGACCCCCGUGAUGCAGCAGAUGCUGUACGAGAGUUGGAUGGCAGAACUUUGUGUGGAGUUCGUGUCCGAGUGGAGCUGUCCUCUGGUGAAAGGAGGAAGCGUUACCGUGGCCCACCGCCACCCUGGACCAGACGCCCACGUUACGAUGAUUCUCGCUAUCGCAGCCCACAAAGGCGACGUUACUCGAGGUCUCGGUCCAGGGAGAACAGGCAUCGUGAGCGUUCAAUUUCCAGGGACAGAGAAAGACGAGAGCCAUCGAGAUCUUUCUCCAGGUCGCACAGUCGCUCCCGAUCCAUUGAGAGGAAAUAGUAUCUAUGGUGGAGCGGGCCUCUUCUCCCCUCUGGCCUCUUGGAGAUGAAGGAUGUCUGCAGUGCUCCUGAGAUUCUACAACUGGUGAAGAUUAACAAGCAGCAGAAUGGGGUCGGGAGAUGAGGCUGCUGUUUCUUUUAUUCUGGUUUGAAGGAUGAGCUUUAACCAGCUCACCAAUUUUUGGGACUUUUUUUUAAAAACAAAAACAAAAAAAAAUUGUCAUGCAAAAAAACUAUAAAAACUUGCUACUAAUCACCAGGAAAGGGGGUCAAACCAGCAUUAGAGCAGGGUAACAAAACCUUUUCUUGUAAGUCACCACCGUAGUUUCUUUACAUACCCAAUGAUAUCAACAGUUAUUCAUUGAAUCCCUUUAUGCUUUUAUUAGUUAAUGUCUUGCAUUGCAAUGUAAAGUUAUUGUGACUGAAAAGGGAGUGUUUUUGCCAAGAUGUUGGCACUGCUUAAUAUACCACACCUUACAGUUUCAUAACUCAAUUCUUUUUACAGAAGGUGUGAGUGAGGAAGGAGUGGACAGUUUAGAGAUGGGCGCAUUGUCAGCUCAGUCUUUUAUCUUGGACUUAGUGGGUGUUAAGUUUGCUUGGGGACAGAGACGCAGAAAUCUAGUUUUGGAGAAGGGAGGUUUUUCGUCUUCUUACUGGAGGUUGUUGGUCGUGAGAAAUUAUUUGGGCAGUUCAAGGUAGGGGACGGCGAAGGAAGCAGUGGCCUUAACGAGUUGAUGCACGGCUGAAGAUAGACACAAAAAAUGCUGGAGUAACUCGGCAUCUCUGGAGAGAAGGACUAGGCGACGUUUCAGACUGAAGAAGGGUCUCGACCCAAAAAGUCACCCAUUCCUUCUCUCCAGAGAUGCUGUCUGUCUCGCUGAGUUACUCCAGUUUUUUGUGUCCAUCUUUGGUUUAAACCAGCAUCUGCUUCCUUCCUACACAUGUUGAUGCACAGCUGGUCAGGUUUGAUCAACAACCUGCACAUGAUGGGGGACCAUGUUCUUGCUGCUUGAGUGUUGUGGUGGCCAGAUCCUUGUCCUUGUAAUAGAACUCUGGGUGCUGCUGAUUCAAAAGAGAAGAUAAAACCUACUGUACAAGCUGCAACAAAGUAAAUGACAGCCUGGGUGGUGUUUAUCUACUUGCCUGACAGCCAGCAGUAAUCUGUCUUCAGCUUUCCGAGGGUUCAUUCAGCCUUGCACCAAGACACUCCCAUGCAAUAUGACACAAUGUAGGGUGCGGAGCAGAUUGUGUGCUGGGCACUUCUGCCUCAUAUAAUUUCCUUUGGCGGUGGAUGCUUUUGAAGAAAACAUUCAUUCUACACAGCUCAUUUCAUUUUGCUGAUAACUCCCUUGGUGUAUAGCUUAUUCUCUGGUGUUCUGGAGAUAAGUAACAGUGUAUCCCAAAGCACUGGCAAUAAGCAUACAACCAAAGAACUAGAAAUAUCUAGAUUUCCCCUUGACAUAUCUGUACUUUUCUGAUCUCUUCACUCCGAGUUUUAGAAAAAACCCACUUUACUCUGAGCAUUGCAGCCUGCCUAUGUGCAGUCGUUAUUCUCUUCAUGGUAGUGCUCACAUUUGCAGUUUUUAAAGCUUCAGAAAACUAUCAAGAGUUCUGGCAAAGUGUCCGUUUUAUCCCACGCUUGCUGGCCUGAUAUGCCUUGCCCCCCUACUAUGGGAUUUGGUUUCAAUAAUCAUUGCCUUUCGUGACCAGUUGGUUCCAUUUAACUACCUGCUGUACAUUUUCUGACGAAUGGGUGAUGUCUGUGUUACUAUCACAUGGGAAAUGAUGCUGGGACAGGAGAAAUCUACCACAAACACCGUAGCCCUUCAUGCGUGUUUGCAUUCAUUUAUAAUGGGAGUUUUAGUGUUGCGAUCAGUUUAGUGUUACAUUAUUGCAACAGUACAUCUGAGCCUACCGAUGAUGAAUUUGAGAAACAUUCCUACUAAUAUAAGAAAAGCCUCUAACAUUCUCAGUUGUCUGAGCCUUCACAGACUAGUGUGUUGCUGUCUGACAAACAGAAUUUUUAUUAUAGGACGUCAUGACUGCUUUAUUGACAGAUGCAUCUUGUUCACUAGCAUCCUUAUUGUUUUUUAUGACAUACUUUAAAAUACCAAGAGUGAGUUGAUUCUCCAAAGUGUCUGUCUGAUGUGCAAUGAAAGUGGCGUGGAAGUUUGUGAACUUUUGUUGCUGAAUCUUAACGUAGACAUUUCCGUUGACCGUGGCUAUUGUGUCUAAUUACCAAUGAAUUCUCCAGGUGAAUGAGAAUUCCCUGUUUGGUCCAGUAGAUAGAUAUAUCUGGCAGGGUAGUAAGAAUGGCAAUAUUUAUCUCCCAACUUGUUACUCCAAUUAAAUCUAUUCCUCGUGGGAUAUAUUCCUUUUGGAAUAAAAAACAAUUCCAAAGGACUCUUAAAGGAUUGGCUGCUGCACUGAUAUUAUUCCAGGCCUCAAUCUCAAAUCUAGGCUGCAAUGAGUGACUCAACUCCAGAAUUGAAGAAAAGCAACAAGUGUUAAAUGAAGCUUUAGGCUCCUCAGUGUUAGUUACCAGAACUAAGGCACUCUGAAACCUCUACAUUUCUAGGGAAAGAGCAAUUAAUAUUUUUUUACAUGGUACAGGGACUAAUACCCUCGAAAAGCCAGCUAAGUGUUACCUAACAAACAACUAGAAAGCCACCUCAACUAAUUAAGUUUUUUUUAAUGGAUCAGUCAGAGAAGCCAUAGUUCUGGUGUCUAACGUAUUUUCAAAUGCUUUAUUCUGUACCUGGUUUAGGAAAUAAAUGAUAAAAAUGCCAUAAUGUUUGAGGGUUUUCUGUGUUUUUCGGAUUUAGCAAUAAGAUCAGCGGUCCACUAAAGGUUCUCUAACAAAAGGUAUUAUGUGAAAUGUUUUAAUUUUACCGUACGCUUACAUUCCCUUACUCCUGUGUAUUGCUCCACAUUAACCCAAAGGCCACCCCGAACUAAAGCUAUCUUUGCAUGCAACUCCGAAAGGUGUCUUUUUACAAAGAGUCUGUACAAAGAUUCAAUAUGCGCGAGUAGGCUGUGUCUUAAUAAUGGAGUGUAAACGAAUUAUCUGUGAACAAGUUUACCUUUGUCAACACGAGGGAUUUGUGGGGGGGAGGGGGGAUUGCAUUUGUGAAGCCAUGCACUGCUGAAAGACAGGAGCCACAGUGGAGCAUUUAGUUUAAAGGCAUUAAAUGGGAAAGAGAUCUGCUCACAGGUUCAUUACCCCUUAAUUCCAAGCUUGCUUAUUCAUAGUACCUUUUAAUAGGAACAAAGUGCUUGUUCUGUGUUUCGAAACAGACUAGCUUUGGAAGGUAAUGGGUAUACACAUUGCAAAUUCCCAGUAAAGGAUUUGGAACUGUUUUGUGCAUUUCAAACCUGUCCCCCUGACCUCGCUCUGAGAAGUCUCUGUGUCAAAGUAUCCAGGUGCAUGUUGGCACAAAUUUCUUGCUGUUGGACAAGCUAUUUGGUUAAAUCGAUUCUCUUCAUUAAGUUAUUGCAGGAGCUUUAAAAUCCAACGUUGAUGGGGCCCCUUGUGUGGCACACUAGUACCUGUACUAAGAAAAUGAUUUAUGAUUGUCUAGCUGAGAAUAUUUUGUGGCAUCUGCAGGACAUCUGCAGCCAAAACUGUCAGUAAAUGACUUUUUUUAAAGAAAAUGACUUGAUACUAGCUGGAUUGAUGUUUGGAUUGUGUUUUUUUUGUUCUGUUUUUGUCAGAUUUCAAAAUAAAAGUUAUUACAGUCA